CUAUCAUAACAAUAGCAACAAUAGUAACAAUAAUAAUCAACGACCAACGUUAACACUUUCAAUACCUCCAAUACCUCCUCCUCCUUUUUCGAUACUAUCACCUCCAACCAGCACUGCUCCCAGCAACAGCAAUAGUAGCUCAACACCUAAUAGUAAUAACAAGCGUAAUAAACUUACUGAUGAAGUCAAUCAUGAAUAUGUGAUGGAAGCAUUACGUAACAAAGUACGUCAGAAUGCUGAAAAUCCAGCAAAGAAAUACAUGAAAGUACUGAAAUCACGGAGUGCUAGUACACCUGUUGGACAACAAAAUAAUCAACCACCACCACCACAACCAUUAUCCGCAUCACCAUCAACACAAACAUCGACAUCAUCAUCACAAAGUCAACAUACCAAUAAUAGUAUUAGUAGCACAGGCAACAGUAAUAGUCAAAAUCAACAACAGCAGCAGCAACAACAACAACAAUCAUCAGCCACUUCAUCACCUUCGUCAAAUAACACGCCGCACGCUAAUUCCCCGAAUCAUCAACAACAACAAUUACCACCAAUGAAUGUACAUUCACCGCAACUACAAGAACAAGUUGCAAAAUCUUGA